AUGGCCAUCACCCCUCCUCCGGACUGGCUCGAACUCCAACGCACCGGCAAGACGGUAUCAAUCCCGUUUUCGAGGACGAAAGUCCUUUUCGGACCUGUGAAUGAGGGCCUUCCACACUACUUCCCUGACCAUGCGCGCGCGAGGAUAGAUGCUGCAAACUUGAAGUAUGUCUUCUCUCUUAACCACGACCAUCACAACAAUGGCGACGAUACUGAGGGUCAAAAUCAGGUUCAGAGCGGAGGAGAACAGGAGAACAAUGUGUUACCAGAAAACUACUCCUUCGCAGACCUGCGGGACUCGGACCUCCAACUCGCACUGGACCGCACACAUAUUCCGCGCACAUUGAAUACGUUGCGCCGCCUCGUUUCUGUUGGCUUAUUUUACAACGCCAAGUCCUCCUCGGAUUCGAACUCGGGUCCUCGCUCUCCCGUGGGCUGGGGUUUCCUUGGUAAAGAUGCGAGUAUUCCGAGCCUGCAUAUAAAACCUGAACACAGGGGGGAGGGGCUUGUGGUGUGCUUGAGCAAGGAGCUGAUUAACAGGCAAGAAAAGGAGAGUGCGUUUGCGGUUAGUGGUAAGAAAGGUGGAAGGUGGGCACAUGCAGACGUCUCAUGGAAUAAUGUCAAUAGUCGACGAGUGAUGGAGAAGUUGGGCGGGAAGUCCAUGUGGACUGUUGCGUGGACGGAGGUGGACCUGAGUGUGUUGUGUGGGAGUUGA